AUGGAAAACUUGGGGAUGGUAGUUGUGGGUAUGUUUUCUUUGCCACUUUAUAUAUAUAUAUAUAUAUAUAUAUAUGUUGCAUAAAAAAACGGUCCUUGUAAAAAUGCGUCAUUUUUAUGUAAAAAGCUGCUUUUUACAAAUUGAGCGGUUGUAAAAAUACUGCUUUUUACAAAAAUAUAUUUUUGUAAAAAGCAGCUUUUUUACGUAAAAAAGCUGCUUUUUUACAAGUUACCUGGUUGUAAAAAUACUGCUUUUUUACAAAAAUAUAUUUUUGUAAAAAAGCAGCUUUAUUAUGUAAAAAAGCUGCUUUUUUACAAAUUAGCCGCUUGUAAAAAUACUGCUUUUUUAUGUAAAAAAGCUGCUUUUUUACAAAAAUAUAUUUUUGUAAAACAGCAGCUUUUUUACAAAUUAACCGGUUGUAAAAAUACUGCUUUUUUACAAAAUAUAUUUUUGUAAAAAAGCAGCUUUUUUACGUAAAAAAGCUGCUUUUUUAUGUAAAAAAUCUGUUUUGUUACAAAAGAUAUUUUUGUAAGAAAGCUGCCUUUUUAUGUAAAAAUCCUGCUAUUUUACACGUAUAGACCAUUUGACAAACUCAUUUAUCGAAGACAGGCUGUUUUCUAUAGCAUGGUUCGAAAUUUAUUGAACUGUAGUUUUCGUGCGGCUAGUCACGUUCACGUUCCCGUGUCCCCUUUAUUGUGGGGCGUUUAAAUUCCCUUGUUAACUCGCUGACAGCGUUAAAAAUUUACGUUCUUUUUAUUCUUUUUAUUCUUUCUUCUUGUUUCCUUUGUCAUUCAAUUUUCCAGGACCUUCUAAUUGUUGGAUGCGAAGAAGGAACAGGCAGUAAUUUCAUUUGUUAUCCUUAUCGGCUGAGGUCACGCACGGCAGUAACUGCAUGUUAGGCAAUAAUAGAAUAGCUGGGUUAUUCACUGUCUUAUUUAUAAGCAAUGCCUGUCACAAUCUCUUGCAGCAACCAAAGACUUCUAUUCUCUCCUUCAUUGCUACUCUUGUUCAAGCCGAAAACUGUACAGAAUAUUGUUCUGUAUUAUUUAUCUAUUUUCCCAAGGUUAUCAGCUGCAAUGAUCAGUUUAACUGUCAACAAAAUACUUGGCUAUAAUGCUUUGGUGCUCUUAGCAGUGGAUAACUAAAUUAUAACUCCAUUUCUAGCAUAAAAUCUCCAGCAAGAAUCAACGACAGCAAUUGUUAGGCAAUUUCCUGUAUUAUGUAUGAUGCGCUAAACUUCUAUCACGGGAUUCAUGCUAUGUUGAAAUCCAUGCUGAUGCAUGCAAGAUUGUCAUGUCUGCGUUACAACUUUAAGCUUUCAACAUGAUGUAGGAACAUGUUCAGUCGGCUAAUCAAGCAAAAGGAAACGCUAGCCUAUAGCUACAAGCGUACAUACACUCGCUUGUUAGUCUAAUUUUGCAAUACAGAGAGCAACUUGUAAGGCCAUAAAAACAGCAGACCACAGCAGCCGAUUUGUUUAUAAGAAUUUGGGACUAUAAAGGCGGUCUGUAACGUACGACAAUGCGUGUUUUAUUUUAGAGAUCGAGAAAUCAGCCAGAAAACACUUGUAAAGGCUAAACAAGUUUAAUAUGAACACUAGCUGAAAUCGCCAGCAACAUUUAGAGUAUGACCGUUUUUUUACAAAAUAUAUUUUUGUAAAAAAGCUGUCCUUUUACAAAUAUAUAUCAGUGUAAAAAAACAGCUUUCUUACGGUACCGUUUUUUUACACAACAUAUAUAUAUAUAUAUGUAUAUAUAUACCAGUCUCAUAUAUAUAUAUAUACAUUUACAUAUAUUUUUUAAUUCCAUUUUAAGCUACAGCUAGCAUGAUCUUGCCCACAAAUCAUCUCAAGUAGCCCCAAAACCCUUUUUGAUUGGCAGGAUUGAUUACAAUCCUUCUGUAAUUUGAAUUUUCCCAGAAAACAGCACUUGUCCGUCUGGCAAGUUAAAAACAAACAUCACUAUCCUGAUAGCAAUAUCCACUAGCCCCAGGCUAUCGGACAUGACUUUCUUUGCACGCUGAUUAUAUAUAUUUUAUGUAUUAGGUUUUGUAACUGACGGAGAGUUUAACUCAUUAAGGACCAAGGGCUCCCAGAGACCAGUCUCAGUAAUUCAGCUGAUGGCAGAUGCAAAGUCUAAGGCCAAAUCCAUUCCGGCUAGUCGAAUAGCAAGAUAUCUUACACCCAAGUGAAGAACAAAGGUAAAGUUAAUGGUUUCUGUACACUUUAUGCUCUCUGAUGGGCUGUUUGCAAGUCAACAGUGUCAUGGUAAAAGAACAAUAAUUAUUUUGGCUGAAUAUUCUCAAACAUCACAGACAUGGCUAUAAAUUAUUUAAGGAAAACAAAUUAUCGACUUCCAUGCAUUUAAGAGCCAUUAUCUGAGAAAAUCGAGAAUCGCACGACACUCGUCAAAAAAUCGAAUUUUUUUUUAUUUUGCCAAAACAUCCCUUUUAGUGACCUUAUUUAAGGAAAAAUAGUUUUGGGUUCAAACGAUUCAUUUUAAAGGAGAAAUUAGGAAAAGUUUGAAAAAUCGAUUUUAUGCUCGUUUUUCGCACAAAACACGGCAGGAUGCAAUGGCAACUUCGAGAGAAGGGUGAACGCGUAAGAAACAUUCCCUGACAUUGAAACUUCACCGAAUUAUUAUUUUGUUCUUACUCUUUAAAAUCCUAAAUCUCACAGCAUCCAUUCCUUGGGAUGACAAAGAAUUAGCUGGGCUGAUUCAAUAUAUUGCUUUGUAUCAUGACCCUGAUGGAGCAUCUGUUUGGCCCACCCACAAGAAUUGGGAUUUUUGGGACAGCUGUAGUGCUGCAGUUGCACAAUACUCUGGUUUACCCACUAGAACUAGUGAGUUUUUUUUCACGUUUUAAGAGUCUCACAAUAUUUCCUCUGGAUGUUUGUUUACAUUAUUUAAUACGGAGUAUAUUCUAUUUACUCCACCCUAGCCAAACGUGGAUACAGUUUUGAUAUUUCAUUUUACCAUUUGCAAUAAUGGAAAUUUUUUGUUACCUUUUUAGGCAUGGCUUGUCGCCGCAAAGUGCAACGACAUCUUGUGAACCAGUUUAGAACACUGGAGGAAGCAGAGGACUUCUACAAGAUGGAUUACUUUGAAGGGCAACAAAAAGAGAGUAGUGCAGCAGCUGGAAAAGCAACUUCUACACCCAUUAAAUCCCCCCUGCGCAAUCUGUCAGGAAAUCUAUCACCCAUAUUUCACCAGUCUCCUCUCAAGAAUGUUAACCCAGAGAUUACUACUGGUGAUUUGAUUAAACUUAUGAUGAAUGGUUUUCUAAAAACGACCAGAUCGCAGAGGGAACAAUUCCUCUCCUACCUCUUUUGCAUUCAUCUUUCCCAUGAUGUUGGCAUCAAUGAUGGUUAUGUACCUGCAAACUUUCUGCAAUUGGCUGGAAGCUCCUUUAAAAACCUACAAGUCACUGGAAAGGAAAAUACUCUCUACUUUCUUGCAAGGAGUGUUGGUGAAUCAAGACCUGGUGGAAGUGGGCCAAGGAUGUCACUUGACCGUAUGCCUUUUGGUCUCAUCCACCACAACCUCCAAUUCUUUGCCAAAGAUAAUGUUUCAAACCUCCACCCAUGUGAGCACUAUGCUGAAUGGUUGACGACAAUGUUUGCUCACUUUGGUCACAAAUGGGACAAACUCUACCGAGGGCCAAUGUGGAGUUAUGAUGGAGAUUCCUCAGAUGAGGAAGGAGAUGUCCCACCUGUCCUUGAGCCGCAGAUUUCUCAAAGUUUACAUAAUGUUAUCACCCAGGAAUCAGAAGAGCCUACAUCAACCAGUUUCAACAGACCAUUUGACGAGAUGGGUGAUUUAUUGUCCCAGGCAGUCCGGGAAACUGAAGGUCUGGAAGAACUAAUGUGUAAUACUGGCACUCAAGACAUAGAACCAUCCCCAGAAAUAUCUACUCUUUGGAGUGGGUUGAGUGUUAGUGACAUGGCAGAGCUUGAACAAGCUUCUGACUCACCACUCCAGAUAGAGCAACUCCACAAUGCUAGACCUUCAAGAACCAGGAACAGGGGGUUCAUUAAGGGCCGGGCACCGGGCAAAUUGACCGGCUGUGAACACAACUUUGCCCGGCUGCGUUACAUCUUAAAGAACUUCUUUUUAAUACAAGGAACGAUCAAAAACAGUUUUAAGUUACAAUCGUGAGUCUUAUCGAGUGUAAAACAUACUUUGCCGUGCAAUUUCCACUUUUUUACACGCGGCAUGAAAUCCCCUCGUUCGUUAUGUGUUAAAAAGAAGAAUCGCCCGAUAACACAUUGUGAAAAGAACUGUGCUUCAUAAGCGACCACCUGAAAUGUAUCAGUGUUGCGAGCACGUGAGCAUGGCGGCCCAGAAAAGAACGUGUUCGAUAGCAGAUUAUAUUUCGGCUUCAACCAAAGGGCCUCCAGUAGAGAAAAGGCUAAGAGGUGAGUAGACUUCUUUGUGAUUUAACCUUUUACUUGCCUGUAUAUAUUGAAUGGCUCAAUUAUCAUGUUCAACGAAGCGAAGCGUCAUUUGUUUUCGUUUUAUGGUUUACGACAAUGAAUUAAUUUUCGGUGCGUUCACGUUAAAACAGUGCUCCUCCCGUCUAGUCAUUGAAAUUUUAAAGAUAAGUUGUUAAACUAAUACUUUUGUGAUUCAAAUCAUGAUUAAAUUGUCUAGAAAAGUUAUCUUUUUUUGGUUGUUGAAAGUCAUUGUCUGCAGCUUCAAAAUGCAGGAAAACACAUCCCUGCGACUAUAGAAUUUCAAAAUUUUCCGGGGGAGCAUGCCCCCAGACCCCCCUUGGGAGCAAGGCCCUCCGGGCCUUGCCAAUUCUUUGCCCGGGUGUCAAACUCAGUUGCCCUCCGGUUCAAAACCUUAAUGAACCCCCUGCAGGAAGCACAAGCAUGCAAAGCGUGAUCCACUGAAGGUGAUAUCAUAUGGUUAUGUGGGCUGAUUAUGAUCAAUGUCAAUAGUGUGGUGUCAUAUUGAGGCCUUUGUAAAGGGCUGUUGGUUGUAUGUUAUUUUAUUUCUGCCUGAUUGUUAUUAUUAAAAGCAUGUAUGUAAAAGGUGUUCUAGAAAGUAUUAUGCAUGGUAUGUGAGAAAGCUUCUUCCAUAAGUACAAAAUGAUAUAAUUGCCCCCUUAACAUGCCCACUUUGUUUGCAGGCCAAGGUUAAUGUUGUUGGUCUCUCAUCAAGACAGCUUCAGAGGAGAAUCCAACAAAAAGGCUUCACCAGGGACACAAGCAUCCAGGUAAGCUCAGUUUUGUAUUAAUGACAUUGCACUUUAUCAAAGUUGCCAUUUUUGGCAAUGUUGCAGACUUUAAAGCAAUAUAUACAGAUGUUAAGGACUACAUAUGAGACAUUAAUAUGACAGUGUGCUUUAGGAAGAACUGUAAUGUUAUGCACCGGUCUAAUUAUUGACCAUAAUUAUUAUUAACCCAUUCGCCCCUGAACCGCCCGUAACCGCCCGUGCGGAUCCAGGUCCUUUCUACCCUUUGUGACGUCAUCAGUUUUAACGGUCAAGGACAACUUUCUUCGCUAACUUGUGCAGAGUGAAGAGAUCUUUCAAACCAUACCAGAAUGAGCACAAUUCAGUCAAGGACACCGGAGAAAGAAGCAAAAAACCACGUGACAAGGACCUGAAAAUCUCCAUGAAAAUCUUGUUCCAUUACCCACCUACCUUUCCUUUCACCUAAUCCUAAGAUCCUAAAAGCUUUCCUAAAAACUCUUCCCACCAAAAUGAAGCCUACUAAAUGCCCAGCAAGACAAAAAAAAAAUGAGGCAAGAAAAGCGAAAAAAGAAGGGAGGAGAGAAAGCGAAAAGUAAAAGUCAAGACUGCUGUGUCACUUUUCAACCCAAAAACUGUCAAAAUUUUGCUUUCUGCGCAUGCCCGAACUUCGCAAGCUGAUAUUUUGCAUCUGGAUCAGAAGGCCGCCAAGUGUACAACCUGUAAACCGGUUUGUGGUAAGUUUUAGCUCUUUAUAGCACGACAGUGACCAGAAAACCACUUGACUAGCUUCAAAACGCGUUUUUCGGCAAAAUCUCUAGGAGCGAAUGGGUUAAUCAGUCAGUACGUCUGACAGUGUAUUGCAUACCAUGUUGUCAUGACUUUGGAUCUGGAUGUCAUCUAGACCUCAGAGUACAUUUCAUCAUAAUUCUUCCUACACUUAAUGAUGUGUAUACAUAUUUAGUUUCAAAUAGAGACAUUACAUUUCUUUUCUUGGAAUGAUUUGUUGUCAUCUGUAAUUAACUGUAGAUAGAGGCACUGAAGACUGCAAAACAGAGGAAUCCUAAUGGGCGUUGGUGGAUUAAAGCUGAUGCCUGUGAUAUAAGGUCCGGUAUUAUGGAAUCCUUGCGCCGUGAGUGGUCUGGGGAUGUAGACUUGGGAGACGGGCAACUGGAGCAACUGCACCAAACAUACAUGCAGUUGAUAAGUUUUAUUAAAGGGAUUGGUUUAGAAAAAAGAAAGCCCUUGCAAGUUGUUAUCCAGGACUUGAGGGAAGAGUUGAAAACACUAACAAAUGAUUCUGAGUUUUUGCAAUCAGGUCUCAGGAAAUCGAAGGAAAUUUAUGAAAAAAAAAGGAAGCAAAGCAAUACCCCAGAGAGCAGCAUGUUUGCUCUAGCUUGGGAUGUCAAUGCUUAUGAAACCCUGAAAUCGUUGAACCAUGAUUUGCAAAACAGAUGCAGCAGCAUAAUUUCCAAGUGUUUAGGGCCUGCUAAUCAGAGAGGAAAUCUUCCCCAAACUUAAGCACAAUUAAGGAAAGGUCUGUCACAGUACACCAAAGAUGUGUUCUCUAAAAAAAGGGAAGCGGCCACGCAUCUGAUGAUCUUCAUGGUGGCUGAUGAACGCAGGGACAUGAAGCCCUAUGGCAUUCCAGUGAGAGCCCUGCCAUUCUAG